AUGCACAAGUAUAGGAAUUUUCCCGUGGAAUACUUGAAUCCUUCUUUGUCUGACCAUUCUCCUCUCUUGAUUAAUUGUCUUCCUGAUAUGCAUGAAGGUGGUAGGCCCUUCAAGUUUCUUAACUAUCUCGCAGAACAUAGCCAAUUAAUUCCUAUUAUAGAGACAAUGUGGACCCAACCUAGAAUUCCUAUAUCCUAUAUGUACAGCUUGUGGUGUAAACUGAAGCUUGUUAAGGUCAAGCUCAAAACACUUCAUAAAGAGGAGUUUGCUAGUAUUUCUGAUAGAGUUCCUCAUGCUAGGAAUGCCCUGGAAGAUGUUCUGCAUUCUUUACUGACUUCAUCUGAUGUUAGUCUUCAGAUACAGGAAGCUAUAUGUGUUGAGAAUCUUAAGAAGUGGUUAAGAGUAGAUGAAAUUGCUCUUAGGAAGAAGUCUAGAAUCCAAUGGUUACAAAUUGGUGACUCAAAUCACCAGUACUUCUUUUCUUCAAUUAAAGAGAGGAAUAUAUUAAAUAGAAUAUCUGUGUUGUUUGAUGGUCAAGGCAAGAAGAUUGUGGAUAUGGAGCUCAUUCAAACUGAGAUCAUCUCCUUUUACAAGAAGUUGCUUGGCACUACAGCUGAUUCUCUCCCUGUUGUUGAUCUAGCUUUGAAAUGCAUUGGUGAUGAUAAGGCUCCUGGUUUGGAUGGGCUUAGUGCUGCGUUCUUCAAAAUAUCAUGGCAGGUGGUCAAACAUGAUAUUUAUGAUGUUGUAAAGGAAGUGUUCAGAACUAAUCAAAUGCUUCAUCAGUAUAACUAUACUUCCAUCACCUUAAUCCCUAAAAUCCCUAAUCCUUCUAAAGUGAAAUAUUAUAGACCAAUAGCUUGUUACAAUGUGGUUUACAAACUGAUCUCAUAUAACAUCCUUUUAGCUAUUGAGUUGAUUAAAGGAUACACUAGCUCUCAUCUCUCUCCUAAGUGUAUGCUCAAAGUUGACUUGAAGAACGCAUAUUGCUCUGUUGAGUGGUCCUUUUUUACCAGUGUUAUGAUUGAAUUGGAUUUCCCAGAAAACAGAGCAGAUUCCGUUUCUAUCUCCCUGUUAUUUGAAGCUUUCUCUAAGUUCUCCAGGGCUUCUACUCUAGAGGCUAACCUUGAUAAGAGUAACAUUUAUAUUUGUGGCGUUACUGCUGCUGCUAAGAUCACCAUUCUAGAAUCAGUCCACAUUCCUGAGGGAGUGUUCCCUUUCAGAUACCUUAGUGUUCCUUUGCAUACUAGGAAACUAGCUUACAAUAAGUGUAGGCCACUGGUUGAUAAGCCUCUAAUCCUUCUGGUGCCAGAUCUUUAUCUUGCCCAAGAAAAUAAUCAAGGAAAUUCAGAAUUUCUGCAGGAUUUUCAUGUAAAAUGGUAA